CACAGAACGACAUCUCAGGUGAAAGAGGUGAACAUCAUCUAAGACAUUAUCGGAUUGGACGUAACCAUGUCACCAGAUCGAGUCCCUAGUAAUCGAGUUCCGCCUCGCCCGAAGACGCCUACAGACUACGUCCCUACGCCGAUUCGUGCAAAAAUAACCCCCUCAGAGACUUUCAGCCACCUCGUGAAUAAGAAACAGAGAUCCGCCAGAGUGCACGCGCUUGCUAAAGAGCGACUCACAAGUUCUAGGCCAACCACGCCUCGGACCCCUACUACCGUAAACUCCAUUAUCAAGUCCGCAAGAACCAGCCGGUCCGCUCUCAGUUCCGCAGGCAGAAAUAUAGCGUCCAGCCUUUCAAAGGCAAAGCCGGUGGUGGAAACAGCAGUCGCAGCCAGCAAGAAGGCUGCCGUCACAACUGCAAAUCGCUUGACAAGAAUGGCAACUGAUGUGCCGAAAGUGGCCAAGCAGAAGGGAAAGGAGGUCGAUGUAUUGUCGACUCCAUCUAGCUCAUCAUCGCAAAAAUCACUGUAUCAUCGACCUAGGCUGCCCAAGCUCAAGAUCCCCGAAGUUGAUGCUGCAGUAAGAGACGCGUUAAAUAGUGCAUGUUCAACUGAUACACAGAACAGCGAGAACUUUCGAAUACUCCAAAUUUCGCCCACGAGCCGAGAGCUCGAGUAUGAAUGGCAGAACGAUGAUAACCCACCUGACGUUGCUGCAGAGUUUCACAACAUGUUAAGCGCACGCCGCAGAGUUCGUAAAGGUAAGUUUGGAUCGAGGGUCACAAGAUAUUGCCGGGAGCGGCCAACCUGGCAAGACAGUUUCGUUGCCAGAGCCCAUCUCGAUAACCACGAGGAUAGGGCGCUGUUGAAAGAGCUUACAGACGCUGUCCAGGAACAAAAGGAUUACGCCGCCCGCCUAGUACAGAGAAUCCCAGAUCGUUUCCCCGGGCUCGAGGCUGUAUCUGUGCCGGGGUCAACAUUAAAAUUAUACUGGCAACACAAAAGCACAUGGCCUAAGCAGUAAGGGCUCAUGGGAAUGAUGGUCCAUUCAGUUAAUGAUAGAACUGGCCGGUUCCAGGGGUCAAAUAUGGUCAAGUAUGCGUACUCACUACUAAUAUAGAUCUAGACUGUGAUUUUGUGUCUA